CCGAUAGCAUCGUUUCGUGGGGGCACAAUCAUUUUUCGAUUGGUUAUUCGGUGUUUUUGGCGAAGACGAACGGUUUUCCGCGCAAUCGUAUCAUUUUUAAUUUUUUUGUUUUCGUUUUUGUUUUGUUUGUUUCCGUUUCCAAAGAAAGUUGGGAGUUGAAAACGUUGAAUUUCGCUUUCUUUUCUUGAUUUGAUCGGUGCAAUCUCGGCAAUCUGUAAAUAUCCGAACCUCAGCAGAAAAUAACCGAUUUUGAAAACUUAAAAUUUCCAUAGAAUUUUUUUUUUUGGUGAAAAAAAAAAACGUGAUGCACGAAAGUGGCCAAUUAGAGUACCUUUAAAUUGUAGUUAAGUUUUUUUUUUAUGUUCGUGAUAUAUAACGAAAUCAGCUGCUGUACAAAAAUCAGCAAAUAUUUUUCCACACAAGCCGACUCCACUUGUUUAUGAUCACACAAGAAAAACGUUCACAAUUUGAGAAGACCAUCAAAGGAGAGAGAGAGAAAAAGCGAACACUUGUUCAAUUAAAUUUGCGGACAAGAGUUGAUUUUCCUCCUCUCGAUCUGCCGCUACACAUAGUCAUAGAACUAUUGAAGUAUAUAUAGCACGCAAAUACAAAAACACCGAUGGUUUUCGAUCAUUUUCACAAAUCCAAUGCUGAUUCACAGGCAAACCAUGCCCCAAACUCUAUGUAUCGAAAUGAAGUUAGCGAAUUGAAGACGAAUUUGCUUGUUGUUUCAUUUUCGGUUCGGAAUACUUUGUCGGUUUUCCUAUGUGUAACGUUAGCUAAGUGUUUGCACCACAACAAACACCGUCACAAUAAAUGAUGUGGAACAGCUUCAUCGAAAGAAUAACUGAAAUUUGGCGAAACGGAACAAUGAGGCGUACUUACCAGAGCAAUGGGAGUACAAUGUACGAAGCGAACACUACAUACACUAGAUCCUCAUCAAUUACGGCAGAUCAAGUUACUUCAUAUCUUUUGGAAAACCCAGAUUUUCUCGAGAGACACAUAAUGAAGGAAAUUGAAUUGGAGCAACUGGAACGAUGGAUGAUACGUCGAACACAACAGGCAAAGAAAACAGCACCAUCAGCAAUGGGUAAAAAUGGGCGAAAAACGAGUUUAUCCAGAUGUAUUUAUAGAUGGAAAUUCUGCGUGCAUGCCGAUAAACGUCAAAUGCUAUUGGACCUGACACAUUCAUUGCAAUUGCAUCCAACUAAAGCGCACGUAUUGUGGGAACUAUCGAAUUGCAUAUCAUCGGCUGUUGGUGCUGACAGUUUUCGCUUGUAUUUAGCUGAUAAUGGUAAUCCAGACGCACUUAACCUAUAUAUUGGCCACGAUGGCGAACCAAAGAUGCAAAAAAUUAAAUGCGAUAGCCAUUCGAUACCCACAUACGUUGCGAGAACUCGUGAGCCGGUGCGAAUAUCGAAAGAUGACCAAUCGAUGGAUCCACGGUUUCCAGGCAGUUUUGAAGAUGAGGGUAACGUUGCUCACAUAAUGUGUCAGGCAAUCGCGCAACCGGAUGGAGCGUUAGUUGCUGUGCUUGAAAUUCUGCGUCGUGACGAUGAAGAGGCAUUUCAUGAAGAGGACGAAGAAAUUGCUUAUAGUUAUUUGGUGUGGGGUGGCAUUGCAUUGCAUUAUGCGCACCUCUUUUUGAAUAUGAAUAAGCAACGAAAAUUAAACGAUUUUCUCUUGGCUGUCGUGAAGUCUAUUUUCCAAGAUAUGGUUAGCAUGGAUAUGCUAGUGAUAAAGAUUAUGAACUUUGCACAGCGAUUGGUUGACGCAGAUCGUGCUUCAUUAUUUUUAGUUGAUUCGAAAAGCAAGGAAUUGUAUGCAACCAUCUUUGAUGUGGGUGUUGUUGGCUCCAAUGCACCAGAGAAUUGUGAUUCAGGCGAAGAGAGUGCCAUACAGCCACCAUCGAGAGAAAUUCGGUUUCCAAUCGGUACUGGAAUAGCUGGACAAGUGGCUUUGACCGGUGAAAUAUUAAAUAUCAAAGAUGCAUAUUCUGAUCCACGGUUUAAUCGAUCAGUUGACGCAAUAACCGGUUACAAAACCGAGUCGAUAUUGUGCAUGCCGAUUUUUAUUCGAGGAUCAGUCAUUGGCGUUGUACAAAUGGUAAAUAAACGAUCGGGAUGCUUUACGACCGAAGAUCAAGAGGCUUUCGAAAUGUUUGCGGUGUAUUGCGGUUUGGCUUUGCAUCAUGCAAAAUUAUAUGACAAAAUUCGACGGUCCGCACAGAAAUACCGAGUAGCGCUAGAGGUUUUAAGUUAUCAUAACACCGCUUCGGAAGAGGAAGUAAGAAAAUGUCUAGAAGGUGGAUUACCCGAUAGCGUUGUCGAUAUCGAUAAUUAUCACUUCAAUCCGUUUGCCUUUGAUGAUUUUUUGAAAGCUAAAUACACCAUAUAUAUGUUUAUGGAUCUGUUCGGGUUGCAUCGCUUUGACCAACAGAGUUUGAUACGAUUUACGCUGACAAUUAAAAAGAACUAUCGACGUGUGCCGUAUCAUAACUGGACCCACGGAUUUUCCGUCGCCAAUACAAUGUACACUGUUAUCAAACGAAGUGAAGAUGCUUUUCGGCCAAUCGAACGAUUGGCGUUGUUCAUUGGAUCACUGUGUCAUGAUCUGGAUCACCGUGGAAAAAAUAAUAAAUUUAUGCUAGACACCGAAUCUCCGUUAGCUGCAAUUUACAGCACAUCGACCAUGGAACAUCAUCAUUUCAAUCAGACGGUUACCAUUUUACAGCAGGAGGGACAUAAUAUUUUCGCGAAACUAAAUAGCAACGAGUACAAACAAGUGCUUGGUCUUAUAAAACAUUGCAUUUUAGCAACCGAUUUGGCUUUGUUUUUCCCAAACAAAGCCAAACUCUCAAUGUUAAUGGAAGAAGAGAAAUUUUCAUGGAGUAUAUUGGAGCACCGGAUGCUGAUGCAGGCAAUAUCGAUGACAGCCAGUGAUUUGAGUGCUUCGACGAAGCCAUGGGAUAUCCAAGUACAAACAGUGAGCGUGAUUUUUGAGGAAUUUUAUCAACAAGGUGAUGCAGAGCGGGCAGCUGGGCGGAUACCAAUUUCGAUGAUGGAUCGAAAUCAACCCGAUCAACAGGCCGCAUCACAAGUUGGGUUUUUGACUGGCAUUUGCAUUCCCUGCUACACACUUCUUUAUCGAUUGAUUCCAGAAACGUUUCCACUUCUGGAAAUGUGUCAGAAAAAUUUGGACAAAUGGAAAUCGAUUGCCGAAGAAGUCGUUGCGAAAGAAGGAUAAAAAAAUAAGAUAAAUCAUGGACCAAAUCACUUGGCAAUAAAUGUGGCAAUAAUUGUUCACUUUGUCGGAUACAUAUAUAUAUAUUUUUUGGGUUAAUUUACACUAAAACGCAGUAGAAUGAAGAAUGAAAGUACCGAUGAAUGAAAAGUUAAACCAUGAAGAUAACCGCACGAUCGAAAGUCCUUAAAUCACUUUUCCCGUGCGCAUAUGCUGACGAAACAUAAAAAGAGCAUCAAAUUUCUGGGCGCAAUUUAAUACAUCGGAUGGGAUAGUGAAAUAAUUGUUGUACGCGUACCUAGUUAAUAUUUUUCACCACUUGCAAAUGAACUUUUCAUAACAAGUAGCACAACAAUUUAACAAUUUACCAAUUUAAAGCAGUACAGUCUAUCAAACGACCAUCAGCCGGCCUGAAAGCAAAAUCAACUAUUUCGAUGAAGAUACAAAUCCAAAACAGAAUUUGUCCAUUGCAUUUUUGAACGUUAUGCAAUUUGAAAAGAAGAGCAUAGCGAUAAAUAAAUGUCUUAUUGAAAAUGUAAGAAACAUUAUGAUUAACAAAAACAAAUUAUCUAUUAAUUCAAUAUUUAAAUUGUAAAACCAUAUAAAAACCAAAUGAUUGUACCACUUGUUUUGACUUUGUAAAUAAACUUUUUUUAAAAGUAAAUGGAAAAAAUGACACAAACAAAACACAAAUCAAACUGAACUAUUACUAAGGAUCGUAAAGACAGGGAAAUAACAAUUCAUAUAGACAGUUUACACAAAAAAAUGAUUCUCAAUUCUCAUCAGUUCUGUAAUUUCAGAGAUCUCAUUUUGUAUACGGCUAUAUCUCGAGAUAUUAGUAGCUCCUAUAUUUGGGCGAUAGCUGUGCAUAUUUUUUAAUAGAAGCUACCGAACGAAUGCACAAUUUACAUUGCCAAUAUAUUAGUUAUGUGGAUUUUUGUUUUGUUUUUUUUUUGUUCGUAAACAAAUCUGCCCAUCUUUUUACAUUGCCACUGUACACAGUUUUUAUGUGCAGUGCACAUUUCGUAUGGACAUAAACUGUGUACAGUGGCAAUGCUAAAAGAUAGGCAGAUUUAUUUACAAACAGCAAAAAAUAAACAAAACAAAAAUCCCCAUAACUAAUUUAUUGCACAUACAAAACAACAUUUUUUAAGCAUAAAAGUUUUAUUCGUGAAAUGUCAUUUCACCAAUAGAAUAUUUCAUUUGUAUUGGUAAUUUCAGUACAUGUGCCAAAUUUGCUAAUACUGCCUAUUGUAUUGAAUUUACCAAUACAAAUGAAAAAUUCCAUUGGUAGAAUCAUGUUUCACCAAUAGACUGUCAGGAUUCAAAAAUAUAAUCUAUUGGUACUUUUACAUUUCACCAAUAGUAUUGGCAGGGUUCACCAAUUCAGUUUUGUCUGUGUGGCAAUGUAAAACUAAAUGGUGAACAUUUUACGUCUCUGUACUAUGUACAGUGGCAAUGCGUUGAUAUGGGCAGACUUGUUGACAAAUAACGGUAAAUAAAUAAAACAAAUCUCUCUUGCUUGUGUUUUCUCCGUUGUUGUGUCUUUGUUUGUGUAUUAAUUCGGUAACUGCUAUUAAAAAAUAUGCACAGCUAUCGGCAAAAAAAUAGGAACUACUAAUAUCUCGAAAUAUAGCCGUAUACAAAAUGAGAUCUCUGUGUAAUUUUCAUUUUUUUGAGUGCUAGCUUUGCUAAAAAUGCAUGACUUCAAAUUAUAAUUUAAUUCAUAAACAAAAAAUCGAAAUAAAAUGUAUUUACGAGUAAAUUUACUCUGAAAUCCGUUUAAUUUAACCCUCUAAUGCAUACAACCGCCUUUAGACGGGUAACAUUUGAACAUCUGUAUAACUUAAACGGUUUAAGUUAAACCGUGCAUUGGAUCACAUUGCUUUGAACGGCAUUUUUGUUCUUUAAGGUGUCUUCUAUAAUUUUGUCUUUUACACUAUUCGUCUACAUUAAGCGGUUGUUGUGUUAUGAACGAAAAUGUGCGCAAAAACAAAAAUUUGACAUAAUAUAUUAUUCCCUUCCAAAAUUAUACACAUUUUUGACACUUUUAAACAAUGGAUUUGAUUGUUCUCUGAUUUAUGUCAAUCGCAUUUCCUGACUAAACCAUGAGGAAUCCAGGAUUAUGAAUGUUUUUUUUAAUUAUAUAUAUAACCAAAAAUUAAUCAAGUACUAGUACUCCCAGCCCUGGGAAAAAAUUAAUGCAUUAUAGGGUUAAGCUGGACCCAUUGAAACUAAAUUUCAAUCGUAUCAAAUUGUAUACAUUUUCUCCUCCUCUAUUCGUUCCCAUUUCGAAAACCGAUUUUGAAUUUCAAAACCAAUAUUUUCUAGAGCUUUUCUUUAAAUCCAAUAAUUGAUGUUUACAUGGCAUGGAAAUGGAGAUUUAAAUGUUGAAUGUGUACAUCAAAAAAUCUUUGUAUAAUCCAAGCAAAUAUCAAAAUGAUUUUAAUAAUAAAAUAUAUUUAAAAAAAAAAAA